UCCUGGAGAGCGUGCGGUUGGUUACUGUGGAAACGACGAGGACGCACACCGAGCCCCGCUAGAAACCGGAUGUUGGUGGGCGGGGCCUGUCGUAUCGGAAACCAAGAUGGCGCAGCGCGUGGAGACAUCGCUGGAGGAGGGAGACAGCGACGAGAUGCCUGAACUGUGUGACAGCGGUGACGAUGCAGCCUGGGAGGAUGAUGAAGGGGCCAGAGCUGAAGUUCGCUGCCUGUUUUGUGAAAGGGUGGAUUGUUCUGCUGCGGAGACCUUCGUGCACUGCAAGUCCCAGCAUCGCUUCGACGUGUGCGCCGCGGUGAGAGAGCACGGUCUUGACACUUAUGGCUACAUCAAGCUAAUUAACUACAUCAGGUCCACGGGGUGCAGCGCGGAGUCUCUGGAGAACGUGCGCGAGCCGCUGCCCUGGGAGAAGGACGAGUUCCUGAUGCCGGUUAUAAAGGACGACGCUCUUCUUCAGUUUGACGUGGACGACGUGGAUGUCUGCAUGGAUGUCUCCCGGGACGAGAGCUCCGAGGGCGCCCGGUCCGCCUGCACUCACUGCAGACGCGCGGAGAGUCGAGCUCAGGCGGCCGAGGCAAAGUUAGCUCUGGCUCUGGAAGACCUUCACAAAAUGAGACAACUUGCCCGGGAUUUUGUGAUGACGGCGGACGUUGGACGGGGGUCUUCUUCCAGCGGGGCCGUGGCAGACCUGGACGAAGACGAGGACAGCGUUUACUUUAGCUCUUACGGACACUUUGGGAUACAUGAGGAGAUGCUGAAGGACGCGGUGCGGACCGAAAAUUACCGCGACUUCAUCUACCGGAAUCCACACAUUUUCAAGGACAAGGUGGUUCUGGACGUGGGCUGUGGCACGGCCAUCCUCUCCAUGUUUGCGGCCAGAGCCGGAGCGAAGCGGGUGAUCGGCGUGGAUCAGUCGGAUAUCAUCUACCAGGCGAUGGACGUCAUCCGGUUAAAUAAGUUGGAGGACACGGUGAUUCUGAUCAAGGGGCGAAUCGAGGAGGUGGAGCUGCCGGUGGAGAAGGUGGACGUCAUCAUAUCUGAGUGGAUGGGUUACUUCCUCCUGUUUGAGUCGAUGUUGGACUCGGUUCUCGUGGCCAAGCGGCGGUUCCUCGGUGCCGGCGGCUCAGUGUACCCGGACCGGUACACGCUGAGCCUGGUGGCCGUGAGCGACGAGGCCAAACACUCGCAGAAGAUCGCUUUCUGGGAGAACGUCUAUGACUUCGACAUGUCGUGCAUGAAGAGAUCCGUCCUGCCCGAGGCCGUGGUGGAGAGCGUGACACCGGAGACGGUUAUUUCCCACCCGUCCGACAUAAUGGUCAUUGACUCCCAGACGGUGGCCAUUGAAGAUUUGGAUUUUGCGUGUGAUUUCUCGCUGCCGGUGACGAGGGACGCUCUGUGCACGGCUCUUUGCGGUUAUUUUGACGUGUUCUUCGCGGAGGGCUGCGACCCCCCGGUGUCAUUCUCCACCGGCCCCUCGGCCCCCAGAACCCACUGGAAACAAACCGUCUUCUUUCUGGAAAAACCAGUUCCUGUGAAAGCCGGGCAAGCGCUGAAAGGCAAGAUAAGCGUCCGUAAGAACAGGAAAGACCCUCGCUCCCUCCUCAUAGCGCUGUCCCUGAAUAACACGACGCAGACCUACACCCUGCAGUAGCCCCCGCGACGCCACCGCCGCCGCUACCGCCGCCGCCAUCCUCCAGCGUUUUAUACUGAAUAAAAACCCCUUCGUGGUAAAGAAA